CCGGCUCUACCGCCGCACCUCUCUCUCUCCCGUACAUCUCUCUCUCUCUCUCAAGCCGCCGCCGCCAGCCAUCCUCCACAUCCGCCGCCGCUGCCAACCAUCCUUUCCGUCCGCCGGCUCCCACCAACCAUCCUUCCCAUCCGCCGGUUCCCACCAACCACGGCGACGGCGGUAGCAGCCACGCAGGAGGGCGGCGGAUCAGCCGCGCUGGCGAUGGCGUUCGUGGCGGCGGUGGAGGGCGCGGCCGCGGCGCUCCGUCCGGUGCUGUCGUGCGCGCAGCAGGCGGCAGUGCGGUUGGGGCGCGUGGUGGCGGUUAGCAAGACGAAGCCCGUGGGCGUCAUCCACGGCAUGUGCGACGCCGGCCACCGCUGGUCCAGGAGGAGCGCCCCCACCCUCUCCUCUCCUCCUCCCCUCAUCACAAGCCAGGACAAGGAGGGCCACCGUGGCCGAGCAGGUCAGGUGGCGCGUCCAGAUCGCCGAGGAGCUGCCCACAGGUUGGCCAUGGCGCGACCGAGCAGAGCAGAUUUGAAGGAGUUGCCACUUAUCCACAGCAAUGAUAGCAUCAAAGAGUUGAACCGCAGCAUCGAGAAACAUGAGCAACGUCACGACCUUGUAAUAUCAUCUUACGCACUUGGGGAGAUUCCUUCAUUGAAUAACCGUAUAACAAUUGUGAGGCAACUUUGGGACCUAACAAAAGAUGUUUUGGUUUUGUUAGAGCCUGGAACUCCUCAAGGGUCAAAGACUAUAAGACAAAUGCGCUCAUGUAUCCUUUGGAUGGAAAAGAGAAAGUGUCGCAAGAGCAAAAAAUCUGCAGGUGCCGCUCCAAGUAAAAUGAAGAGCAUGGUUGUUCAAGAAGAUUUGCUGAAAAAUGGUGCCUUCGUGGUUGCCCCGUGUGAGAGCGAGUUGCAUGUUGUAUGAACUAAGCGCAAAUUCAUAUUGGUCGGUUUAGCAGCUCGCUUGCAUUGACAGUCGACUGUGUGUAGGCGUGCUGCCAUAUCUGAGGCUAUAAUACAACAUUUUGUAUUUCUCAUGGAAGGAUGUGCCUGUGGUCCUUAAGGAUGUGGUUCACGGGGUUUGACUAUGGUUUGAUUGUCAAAUCAAAGGUCCCAGGUGAACUUCUGCUACUUUUGGUCUUAUCUCUCUACGUCUCCCCUUACAAUGAUUCAUAUUUUUCUGCCUCCAUUUUGUUUCUACAGACGAUGCAUUAUCUCUUUGCCAUAGUUACCUUUUUUUGUCCCCUGCAUAUCCAAAUCGAAAAAUACUUGUGGUUUGGUACAGUUGUAUUGCAAGUCGAAAAAUAUUGUAUGUGUUAAUAUCCGAUGGUCCAAGUUGAAAUUCAGUUUAUAUUAUUCAAUAUGCAUUCUAACAAACAUCUUGUGUUUGGCAUCAUUCUAAAAAAUAUUAAGUUCUGGUGUUAAUCGCAAGCAAAUAAGGGUAAGACACAUACCAUUUAUAUGUCAUUAAACUUUAUCACAAUUUCUAUGUUAUUCUAUUUUACCUCUGGUACUACAUUGUGAUCUUUCAAGGAAUUACUGCUUCCUUUCCGCCCCUGGUUUUCUUUUUCUAGGAUAUUGUAGCCUCACUAGGAUGGAUUAAGAGUGUCAGCUGCUCCCUUUCCCUAAUCAAAUAGGACUUCCAAACUAAUGAUACUUGCACUCCUUUUUAUCUGUUGAUCUCUUUAAUUCUGAUUACAACUUAUGUUUCACAAAUAUAUGCAGGUUUCUACUCUUUUUCAGUGGUCCUUAGUUGAUCUCUUUGAUUUUUGAUUACAGACUGUCUCUCUGAUUGUAAGUGAUUUUGGUGUUGUUUGUAGUUGGCACUUCUCAUUUCAGAAAUCAGCUAUCCUGGUAUUCAACCAUGUGAGUUUAGAGAGAACAACCAAAGGAGGAACAAGCUCAAGACAUGUUUAGCAGCUUCUGCUAAGUAAGUAUCCUUAGAACCUUCAACUCCAAAUAAAACAAAAAAUCAAGAGUAUGUUCUUCACAUAUGAAAUAGAUAGAUGCUGGCAUGCUUGCUGCAUCUGAUGAGAUUGUGGAUCAAGAAGUUAAUGGACAUGCUUGUGAAUCAUGGACAAUCUCGGCCUGGUAUUGUGGCUCGAGUCUGAGCUCUUGCUUGGCUUUAGGUGCAAACAUGGACCUUCAGUUCACCUAGAACAAGAAUCAAAUCCUUGUGUCAAUUGCUGUUGUGAUAGGAGGCCCAUUGCGUAUGACCAUGAUGUAUGCAUUCACUCUGGGAUCUGAGAAUAAUUUGUUGAUCCUGUCUGAAAGAUAGUGGUUCGAUAGUGAAUUUAUCCACUUAUUUGUUGAUUUUUUUUUCUUUUGUUGUGUUAUGUAUGGAGAUGCAGAUUCUCAGGCUUCAGGUUUUAGUUUUGGUAGUUCGAGUGCUAUUGGUUAUGUUGUUGUAACUGGUCCUUGAUCAGCAUGGUGACUGAAGGGAUGACUCUUGAAAAUUAAGAUCCUUAUUAUGAGAUUGAGGCGAUGUAAAACUAUGUGCUCUUGGCAAAAUGUGUACUGACUUUAUUUGUUU